AUGUCGUCGUCAGCACCUCAACCCGUGUCUUCGUCGGCUGAGCCACGAGACCCGGUCCAGAACCUCACCGACGCCGCCAAGAAUGUCGACCUAAAUGCACAGCCAGACCAAAAGCAGCAGAAGCAGCCAAAACAGCAACAGCAGGGACAGCAGCAGCAAAAGGGCGAAAAGAAGCCAAAGGCAAAGAAGGAAUCGGCAGAUGGCGCAUCAAAGGCUCCGCUCGAGUUCACCCCCAAGCCUGCCUACUUUGACCACCGUAUCGCCAUGUUCGAAAAGCUCAAAGCAGAGCAGGAUGCCGAAUUCGCAGCAAAGCCUCGUCAGCCCAUCACCGUCACCAUGCCAGACGGAUCCACCCGUCAAGGUACCUCCUACGAGACUUCGCCCAUGGACAUUGCCAAGGAAAUCUCCAAGUCGCUCUCCGAGAGGAUCGUCAUCUCCAAGGUCGACGACAACCUCUGGGAUCUCGAACGUCCCUUGGAGGCAGACUGCAAGCUCGAGCUCUUCGACUUUGACUCCCCCGAGGGCAAGCGUGUCUUUUGGCAUUCCUCCGCCCACGUGCUUGGCGAAGCCUGUGAGAAGCACUACGGCUGCCACUUGUGCAUCGGUCCCCCCACCGAAGAGGGCUUCUUCUACGAGAUGGCCAUGGGCGAUUCGGGCGAGCGCAUGAUCACCCAGACCGACUUCAACGCACUCGAGACGCUCAUCAAGAACGCCACCAAGGAGAAGCAAAAAUUCGAACGUCUCGUCGUUUCCAAGCAGCAGCUCCUCGAGAUGUUCAACUACAACAAGUACAAGCAGCACAUCAUCCAGUCCAAGAUCCCCGACGGCACCUCCACCACCGUCUACCGUUGCGGACCCAUGAUCGACCUCUGCGUCGGCCCACACAUCCCGCACACUGGCCGAAUCAAGGCCAUGACCGUCCUCAAGAACUCGGCCUCGUACUUCCUCGGCGACCAGAACAACGACUCGCUCCAGCGACUCUACGGUAUCUCGUUCCCAGACGCAAAGCAGAUGUCCGAAUACAAGCAGUUCCUCCUCGAGGCUGCCAAGCGCGACCACCGUAAGAUCGGCAAGGAGCAGGAGCUCUUCAUGUUCCACGAGCUCUCACCCGGUUCGUGCUUCUGGUUGCCCCACGGCGCGCGCAUCUACAACACGCUCCAGGAGUUCCUCAAGUCCGAGUACCGCCAGCGUGGCUUUGACGAGGUCGUCACCCCGAACAUGUUCAACUCGAAACUCUGGCAGACUUCGGGUCACUGGCAGAACUACAAGGACGACAUGUUCGUGCUCGGCGUCGACAAGGAGCAGUUUGCCCUCAAGCCUAUGAACUGUCCCGGUCACUGUCUCAUGUUUGCCUCACGCGACCGAUCGUACAAGGAGCUGCCGCUGCGACUGGCCGACUUUGGUGUCAUCCACCGAAACGAAGCCUCCGGUGCGCUCAGCGGUCUGACAAGAGUGCGACGAUUCUGUCAGGACGACGCCCACAUCUUCUGCAUGUCGAGCCAGAUCGAGCAGGAGAUGGCUGGCUGCUUCGACUUCCUCCAGCGUGUGUACGGCCUGUUUGGCUUCGAGUUCAAGCUCGAGCUUUCGACCCGCCCCGAAAAGUACCUCGGCGACAUUGAGACGUGGAACGUUGCGGAGAAGCGUCUCGCAUCAGCGCUCGACAAGUUCGUCCCCGGCAAGUGGGAGCUCAACCCUGGCGAUGGUGCCUUCUACGGUCCCAAGAUCGACAUCACCAUCUCGGACGCCAUGCGUCGUCACUUCCAGUGUGCCACCAUCCAGCUCGACUUCCAACUUCCGCAGCAGUUCAAGCUCGAGUACCGCACCGCCGUCUCUCAGGGCGGAGAGACGCAAGCCGAACGUCCCGUCAUGAUUCACCGCGCCGUCGUCGGCUCGUUGGAACGAUUCAUCGCCAUCCUCACCGAGCACUUUGCCGGCAAAUGGCCCUUCUGGCUGAGCCCACGUCAGGUGCUCGUCGUGCCCGUCACCAACACCGUGUUCGACUACGCCAAGAGCGUCCAGCAGCGUCUGUGGGACGAAGGCUUCUUCGCCGACGUCGACCUUAGCGACAACACGCUGCCCAAGAAGGUGAGGAACGGCGAGAUCGCUCAGUACAACUUUGUCUUUGUCGUCGGUCACGAGGAGAUGCAGACCAAGAGCGUCAACAUUCGCAACCGUGACGAUGCCAACCAGAAGGGGAAGGCUGAGACGAUGGAUUUGGAGAAGACGGUGGCGGCGCUCAGGUCGCUCAAGGCGGAGAGGAGGUUGGAGAACAAGCUGGUUUGA